AUGCCCGCUAUGGCCCCGGACUGGAAGUUGCUAUAUCUCUAUGGAGGUGACAGCCCUUGGGAUUCGAGUCUCUGGACCGACUCCGACGACCGGGUUCGAGGAGGUAAGAGCCAGUCUCAUUUGCACUGCGAGUCGCCAGAAAAAGCACAAUUCUUUGGUCACUUGGACAUUACUACCCUGGGAGGGGCCGGUUUUGCAUCCCAGAGAACUGUCGGCACGCUUCGUUUGGACCUGAGGCAGUAUGACGGUCUCGUCCUCAAGGUACUUAAAAGCGACUCGAAGAAGUACACACUCACCCUAAAGGACGAAAUUCUUCCCCCGAGGGAGGAUGGUCGUGACCAGAGCACCAUCAGCUGGGAGUAUGAUUUUAUCUCUGAAGCUGGGGAAGUGACCAUCCUCUGGGACAACUUCAAGCCCACCUACAGAGGCAAACCUAAGCCGGACGCCAAGCCCCUGGAUUUAUCCAAUAUUAAGAGGAUCAGUUUCAUGAUGCGAAGCUUCUUUGGAGAGCAACAGGGAGACUUCAACUUAACCAUUGCCCACUUGGCCGCCAUCAGUAACAGACCCACAUCUUCGGGAUCUGAGGUAUCAAUUAAGAAGGAUUAUGCCACUGGACAUACAGUUGCACCUAUCCCAGUUGUCCGGUCAUCUUGGUUCGGUUGGAUUUGCGGGUUGGGCAGACGAUAA